CACCAUCAUUCACGUGGGGCCUGCACCUGCCACGACCCUCAGAGCAGCCGCGGUAGUCGCAAGAGGAGGCGACCGCGGCCUGAGAAGAAGAAAGCUCACCACCGGCAGAGCAGCUUUCCUCAUUGCUCUGACCUGAUGCCCAGUGGCUCCGAGGAGAAGAUCCUGAGGGAGCUGAGUGAAGAGGAGGAAGAAGAGGACGAGGAAGAGGAGGACGAGGAAGAGGAGGGGCGGUUUUACUACAGUGAGGACGACCCUGGUGAUGAAUGUUCCUACACCGACCUGCUGCCUCAGGAUGAUGGGGGAGGUGGUGGCUACAGCUCAGUCCGCUACAGUGACUGUUGUGAGCGCGUGGUCAUCAAUGUGUCAGGCCUACGCUUUGAGACCCAGAUGAAAACUCUGGCCCAGUUUCCAGAGACUUUGUUGGGGGACCCUGAGAAGAGGACUCAGUACUUUGACCCUUUGCGCAACGAGUAUUUUUUUGACAGGAACCGGCCCAGCUUUGAUGCCAUCUUAUAUUAUUAUCAAUCAGGAGGCCGCCUGAAGAGGCCGGUCAAUGUCCCCUUUGAUAUCUUCACUGAGGAGGUGAAGUUCUACCAGCUGGGAGAGGAGGCCCUGCUCAAGUUUCGGGAGGAUGAGGGCUUCGUGAGAGAGGAGGAGGACAGGGCCCUGCCAGAGAAUGAAUUCAAGAAGCAGAUUUGGCUUCUCUUUGAAUAUCCAGAGAGCUCCAGUCCUGCAAGGGGCAUAGCCAUUGUGUCCGUCCUAGUCAUCCUAAUCUCCAUUGUCAUCUUUUGCCUGGAAACCUUGCCCGAGUUCAGGGACGACAGGGAUCUGGUCAUGGCACUCAGUGCCAGCGCGCACAGUGGGUUGUUGAAUGACACCUCGGCACCUCACCCGGAGAACUCAGGGCACACGAUAUUCAACGACCCCUUCUUCAUUGUGGAGACGGUGUGUAUUGUGUGGUUUUCCUUUGAGUUCGUGGUUCGCUGCUUUGCUUGUCCCAGCCAAGCGCUCUUCUUCAAGAACAUCAUGAACAUCAUCGACAUUGUCUCCAUUUUGCCUUACUUCAUCACACUGGGCACCGACCUGGCCCAGCAGCAGGGGGGUGGCAACGGUCAGCAGCAGCAGGCCAUGUCCUUUGCCAUCCUCAGGAUCAUUCGUCUGGUCCGAGUAUUCCGAAUCUUCAAACUCUCCAGGCACUCCAAAGGCCUGCAGAUCCUAGGCCACACCCUCAGAGCCAGCAUGCGGGAGCUGGGCCUUCUGAUCUUCUUCCUCUUCAUUGGGGUCAUCCUCUUUUCCAGUGCUGUGUAUUUCGCAGAGGCGGAUGAACCUACCACUCACUUCCAAAGCAUCCCAGAUGCGUUUUGGUGGGCUGUGGUGACCAUGACAACUGUGGGCUAUGGGGACAUGAAGCCCAUCACCGUGGGGGGCAAGAUCGUGGGGUCCCUGUGUGCCAUUGCGGGUGUCUUAACCAUUGCUUUGCCAGUGCCAGUGAUUGUCUCUAACUUUAACUAUUUCUACCACAGAGAGACUGAAAACGAGGAACAGACACAGCUGACACAGAAUGCAGUCAGUUGCCCAUACCUCCCUUCUAAUUUGCUCAAGAAAUUUCGGAGCUCUACUUCUUCUUCCCUGGGGGACAAGUCAGAGUAUCUAGAGAUGGAAGAAGGAGUUAAGGAAUCUCUGUGUGCAAAGGAGGAUAAGUGUCAGGAAAAGGGGGAUGACAGCGAGACAGAUAAAAACAACUGUUCUAACGCGAAGGCCGUGGAGACAGAUGUGUGAAUCGAUCUUUCCACCCGCCACUGCCUCCCCACCCCAGCACCUCCAGAUAUACUUAUGCAUAGAGAGUGCAGUGAUGAAAAUGAAAUAUGCAAAUGAGUCCAAUGCAUACAGUAGUUUGCCAUUUAAUGGUUACACAUGGCAUAAUUGUUACUAAACUUGCAUUACAUAUCAAAUAAAUGAUAUGUCUUGGAGAAGAGGGAGGCUUAAAUAGGAGCAAAUCUAUCUUUAUAUUUUUUAUUAGAAUGCAAGAAUUUUGCACAUUUGCUGGAAAUGAUGUUAACAGUAAUGAUGGGUCCACGAAGAGGCUGCGUGUGUGUACGUGUAUGUGUGUGUGUAAGUAAAUUGUCAACAUUGUUAGUAAUUGUGCAGUGAUGGGAAAAGUUGGCAUUUUGAAGUAUUUACUAUGUAAGAACUAAUGAAUUUGAACAGUCAUUUAUCAGUGCUUUAAUAGCAUCUCAUAUGUCUUUGGAUUCUGUAGUUGUUUUUUAAAAAUUGUAAGAAUUACUGUGUAGAAAAAAGAAGAAAGUAAAUUAUUUAAUAGAAUAUAGGUCACAAUUUUAUCUUGGAUUUAAUUAAAGUUUAUUUUUAACUGGAAAUUAACUUUUAAAAAGGCUGCAGGGACCCUUAGAAAUUGAUUAUAUUUUAUUAUUAGUUUUGGGAAGAUAUGACAGCAAAUGCCUAUUAUGGAAGAAAUGAAAUUGGAGAAAACGUAACAAGUUUUGUUCACAGGUAACAGGACUGGAAUUUUUUUUUCCCUUUGCACUACUUUAUAUACUGGAGAUUGAGAGAGACUUCAUACUGUGAAUGUUUACUAAUGUAACAGUUCAAUGACAAUCACUGGAAGAAUGAUUUCUUAGUCUUA